CACACACACACACACACACAGCUCCACGGCUCGGCUCCACCUCGCUCGGCGGGUGUGUGAAGAAGAUCCAGCCCGUUAUUUCAAGGUUAUCUCCUGCACGAACCUCACUUCGCGGAUCCUAUGGGAAUUCUGAUAACCGCAGUUUUUCUUUGGGCUGCCGUCGGAGUGGGAAGCCGGCCGGUGUCCUCCCCCCUGAAUGAUGCAAAGGUUGAAUGUAUUAUUCAGGAGACGCUGAACGACGACGGCUCGCAGCACGCGUGUGGCCCCCAGCUAGCAGUGUUGUGUGGGAUUAUUCCUGCAGAGGAACUUGAUGAAGUGCAAAGGCAUCAGGGUCUGCUCGGGGAGCUGCAGAGACUCGCUGAUGAUGAGAGAGACACGGAGCGAGACCACGGGAAGGAGCGCUAUGAGUACAACCUGGCUGACGAUGAGAGCGACUUCGAGCAGGGGGAUGAGGAGACGAAGGAGGAGAGAGACGUGACCGACCUUCCAAAAGAGACGGAGGCAAAGAAAGACGACUUUAAAGAGGAAGACGACACCAAGGAGAAGAUGAUGGAGGAGCCACGGAUCGAACACAGAGGGAGGGACACGGAAGAGGAGCGAGCCAAGGAGCUUGAGGAGCUGCUCGCUGAAGAGAUCACCAAGAAAGGGAAGGACGAGAGGAACGACGAAGAGCUCAAAGAACUGCUGAAGGAGCUGAAGAAGAAACGCUACGAGGCGGUGAAGGAGAGGGAGAUCCAGAAAGGCUCUGGAGCAGAGCAGGAGGAAGAGGCGGAGGAGAAGGAGGAGAAGGAGGAGAAAGAGGAGAAAGAGAAGGGGGAAGAAACAGCGGAGGACUUGGAGAAGCGGAGGAUCGAGGAUAGGAGGAAGAACGAGGUGGAGCUGAUGGUGGAGAGGGAGAAGGUGGAGAAGGAGCUGAAGGAGCUGCUCAGAGAGAAGGAGAGCAAGAGCAAGAUGGAGCAGGAGAAGGAGAGGAAGGAGAAGCAGGAGGAGCUGGACGAGCUCGUCAGGAAGAUGAAGCGGGUGCAGGAGGAGGAUGAGCAGGAGACGCUGGGCGGGAAGAAAGGGGACGGAGUGGACGAGAGGGCGGCAGAGGAGAAGAGCGAGAAGAAGGAGGGCGAAGACGAUAAGGAGCCUGGGGAGAAAACAGAGAAUGAAGUGAAGAAGAAGGAGGAGGCGGCAGAGCUGAAGGAGCCGCAGCAGAAGAGAGUGAUGGAGAAAGCCAGCGACGAAGCCACGAAGCAGUUUGAGCGGGAGAGGUACAAGGGUGAAGAAGAGGAGGAGGAGGAUGAGGACGAGGGAGAUGAGGAUGAAUAUGUCCGAGAGGAUGACGAGGGGCAGGAGGAGGAAGACGAUGAGGAUGGUGAUGUCGAGGAAGAUGAAGGAGAGGAGCUGCUGGAGAUUGAAGCAGAGUUGCGCAAAGUCGCUAAAGAGCUGAGGGAGCUUCGCAGAGGAUAAGACACAAAUACACACACACACACACACACACACACACACACACACGCAACCCCUUUGUUGCAUUCACAGUCACACAUUCAGCUCACACAUUUUGCAGCCUUCGAAUCCCCACAGCACUCAGAGAAACGUCUGCAGAUGUGAGUCUGUAAAUGGACGUUAGUAGAAACUGAACUGUUGUUUUUCAUUUCUGCUUUUAGAUCGCCUGCAAAAGGCUUUCACCGUUUUGUUGACGCGUCUGAGUGUCGAUGAAAAAGAGACUUUUCUAACUAAUCCAAACUAUAUUUGCGUCCGCCUCCACUCGUGUCCCUGCCUCCGUACCUGUAAACGCUGUUUGUAAGGUAGACAGGUGAUUUCAGUUGUAAACCGCCAUGGAUGCAAAGCAUUUAGCACUUUUAUUCAUAUGUUAUUAUUGACUGCAGAUUGCCAACCACGUAAACAACAUACUCUUUGAAAUCUGAGUCAUGAGCACUGACUGAAUCAUCCUCACUGGUGUGUGGUGGGGAAACAGAAUCCCUACUAUAAGUAAAAUGUGUAUUUAAAUAUAUAUUUUGUGCAAUAACUGAUGUUUAAGCUGUUCUGACUGUUAAGGAUAUGUAUUACUGAUAUUUCUACACAGUCGUUAUCUCCUAGAAACAGGGAUUGUGUUUCAUUUGGCUCUCGCACUGUUAAAAACCAGACUGUUUGUGACGAACAGGAAGCAGAUCAGCGUAGAAGUUCUGACGUGUGUGUGUGUCAGAUGUUUAGUUUUUCUUGAGCGUGGUGUGUGUUUGGCUACAGGAUGUGAGGAGCUUACAAGGUCUAAAAGUGUCACUUCAGGUUCUCAGCCAGCUUUGCACUCUUAUCUUAACAAGCCAAGGAGGAGUCGAGGGAAGAUGGAGUCACUAAAGCCAU